AUGCUACGAGACAAGGCACCCGGCACUUUUGUAGUUCGCGACUCGAACAGUUUCCCAGGAGCAUUUGGGCUAGCUCUAAAAGUCGCUACACCUCCACCCGGAGUUGCUCCAGGUAAGCGCUUUGUUUACCCGCUGAUUGAAAAUUGUCUUGCCUCGCUUGAAUGGAUUAUCCAAAACAAAGCAGUUAGGUUGUUUGUCCACGCAGCCUGGCAAGUGUAG